CCCGCUGGAUCUGCGCGCACCGGCGGGAGCUGCUGCGUCCUGGAGGCAGCGGGCAGCGGCGAAGAUCCUUGGUUUCUUCUUGUUGUGGAAGGUAGUGGGUGAUGUAACCGGCUCUCCAGGAAGCCCCACUCAGCGGCAACUUCCAGAAGGUCUCUGAGACCCUGUCUCAUUUCAUGGCCUCUUCUGAAGCCACUUGAGAACAAUGAUGUGACAGUCCCCAUCCAAAAGGACUUUCGGAGACGUAUGUGAAGAAAGUGGCCCUUUUCUCCCUCUUGCGAAAGAGACAUUCCCAGACCCCAACAUGCCAGCCAAGACCCCGAUUUACCUGAAAGCUGCCAAUAACAAGAAAGGAAAGAAGUUUAAGCUGAGGGACAUUUUGUCUCCUGACAUGAUCAGCCCUCCCCUUGGAGACUUUCGCCACACCAUUCACAUCGGCAAGGAGGGCCAGCAUGACGUCUUUGGAGACAUUUCAUUUCUUCAAGGGAACUACGAGCUUUUACCUGGGAACCAGGAGAAAACACACCUGGGCCAGUUCGAGUUCUUCCGGGCCAACAGCACCUCGGACUCGGUGUUCACAGAAACACCCUCCCCGGUGCUCAAAAAUGCCAUCUCCCUCCCGACCAUCGGAGGGUCCCAAGCGCUCAUGUUGCCCCUGUUGUCCCCUGUGACCUUUAGUUCCAAGCAAGAGUCCUUUGGGCCAGCCAAGCUGCCCAGGCUUAGCUGCGAGCCUGUCAUGGAGGAGAAGGUUCAGGAGAAAAGCAGCCUCUUGGAGAACGGGACAGUCCACCAGGGAGACACGUCGUGGGGCUCCAGCGGCUCUGCCUCUCAGUCCAGCCAGGGCAGGGACAGCCACUCCUCCAGCCUGUCCGAACAGUACUCCGACUGGCCGGCCGAGGACAUGUUUGACCAGCCCGCCCCCUGUGAGCUCAUCAAGGGCAAGACUAAAUCCGAGGAGUCCCUCUCUGACCUUACGGGCUCCCUCCUCUCCCUGCAGCUGGAUCUAGGGCCCUCUCUUCUGGAUGAGGUGCUGAAUGUCAUGGAUAAAAACAAGUAACAGGAUGCCAGCUUGUUUCCCUUGGGGUGAAAGGUACCAACACAAACACAAAACACUCAACUGACCACAAAGAGGAGGGCUUCACGGGCUGUCUUUGCAGUUGUGUGAUGGGUUUUCUAAAACGAUGUUCCUACAAAGUAUUUUUGUACCUGUGAAGCCCUGUUUGCAAAAACAAUUCAGAGUGAAACAAAACCUGUCCCGGCACAAGGAGGAAGUGAGUCAAUCAGCUCGUUUUCGGUGGGCAUGGCUGCCGUUGCACUCCCAUUUUUUGGCUGCAGACGUGUCAGAAAUCUGGCUUGGCCAGGAUGGGCACUAGCUGUGGAGGGCUGGGCGAGUCACGUUAAAGAACUUCCAGAACUUUAUGGUAAUCUGACAUUUUCUGAACAAGAGGAGGUCACAAUUCAUUUUAACACCCAAGCCUUUUUUCUAGACUCUUUUCUAUAUUAUAUUGUUUGGGCUCACCAUAAGCGAAUUCUCCAGUGUUAAAACUUUCCUCUGUUUUCACAUUUGAACAACUGUAUGGGUUUUGGGGAUUUUCUUAUAGUUCUUAUAUAUCCCUAUAUAUUAUAUCUAUAUUGCAAAAUUUUGACUGUCAGCUACAUGUUGGUAAGACACAAGCAAAGUAUUACUGUAACUAAGUUAUUUUUAAAGUUAAAAUAUAUUUUUACGUGCCUUUGGCUUUUUAUUGCAGAGUCUACAUUUUAUAGCUAAUACAUCAAAUGUUGUCAUUUGAUUUGUUUCCAUGGGGGUUCCAUUGUAAGUUGUGUAUGUGUGUGUUUGCAAAAGUGUAUGCAUACUUAGCUUGACUUUUUUUUCCUUCAUCUGUUAUCCUGCUUCUAACGGCAGCCAGUAAUGGAUUGUAAAAGUCUGAAGGCACAGGUUACUCAUGAUUGUCCUGCAGAGACUGUGGGUUAUACCACAUACUGUUAUCUGGAAACAUGGGUAUUUUAGUACAGUACAUACUUGCAUUACAUAGGUACUUCCUCCAACACAAUAAAGAGUAAAUGUUAA